GUGCCCGCGGGACUUCGGGAAUCGUGGGACGAAGGGUUUUCCUGCUGCUUCUGCUCUGGGGCGUGCCGUGAGUAGGAAUCACUCCAAAACAAGUGGUGCUGGCGGGAUGCUGCUCUCCCUGCUCUUCCCUCGGCUGAGCCGGCCCCUCUGGAGCCGUGUCCGGGACCUGUCCUGCUCCAGAUGGGGGUGGAAGAGGGCUGGCUGUCCCCACAGGGGUCUGCAAACAGCCUGGGCCACCUGCAGCAGUGACGUCAACCCUGUCUUCACCAGGGCUUUGGCUUUCGGUGACAAAAUUGCCAUCAUUGACCAAAACAGGGAGCACACGUACAGAGACCUGCUCGGCCAGAGCCUGCACUUAUCCCGGGAGAUCUGUAGAGUUCUGGAGUGCUCCAGCAGGGACUUGAAGGAAGAGAGGAUCUCAUUUUUGUGUCCCAAUGAUGCCUCGUACGUGGUGGCCCAGUGGGCCUCGUGGAUGAGCGGGGGCAUAGCGGUGCCCCUGUACAGGAAACACCCCGUGCCAGAGCUGGAGUACGUGAUCCAGGAUUCCCAGAGCGCUCUGGUUAUCGCAGCUGAGGAAUACGUGGGGAAAAUAGCCCCUAUUGCUGAGAAACUGGGAAUCCCAAUGCUGCCGCUUCCCAAGUCCCGUAGUGAUGGAUCCACAGGCCAUACAGCUGUGGAAGAGGGUCCCUUGACAGCCUGCUCCUCGUGGAAAGACAGAGGAGCCAUGAUCAUCUACACCAGCGGGACAACGGGGCGGCCCAAGGGUGUCCUCAGCACCCAUGAGAACGUGCAGGCUGUGACCACAGGGCUGGUUGAAAAAUGGGAGUGGAAGAAGGAGGAUGUCAUUCUGCACGUGCUGCCUUUGCAUCAUGUCCACGGGGUGAUCAAUAAGCUCCUGUGUCCUCUGUGGGUGGGAGCGACGUGCAUCAUGUUCCCGGAAUUCAGCGCACAGAUGGUUUGGAAGAGGCUGCUGAGCUCCGAAGCUCCCCGUAUCAGUGUCUUCAUGGCAGUGCCCACCAUCUAUGCCAAACUGAUGGAAUAUUACGACAAGCAUUUCUCCCAGCCACAAGUCCAGGAUUUCGUGCGGGCCUUUUGCCAGGAGAACAUCAGGUUAAUGGUGUCAGGCUCAGCAGCUCUGCCAGUGCCUGUCCUGGAGAAGUGGAAGAGCAUCACUGGGCACACCUUGCUGGAGAGGUAUGGGAUGACUGAGAUUGGGAUGGCGCUUUCUAACCCUUUGCAUGGAGUCCGUGUCCCAGGUUCCGUGGGCACCCCUCUCCCAGGGGUGGAAGUGCGCAUUGCCACUGAGACCUUGAAGAAUGGGGCUCGUUCCUACACCGUCCAUGCUCAGGGGGAUGAGAACAGCACACAGGUCACGCCAGGUCUGGAGGGACAAGAAGGGGAGCUGCUCGUGAAAGGACCCACUGUCUUCCGGGAGUACUGGAACCGACCCAAAGAAACUGCAGAUGCCUUCACGCCUGAUGGCUGGUUCAGAACAGUGCCAUUGUGUCAGGAGUCAAGCUGGAUUUCUGAUGCCUUCUGUGCAACCUUAUUUAUUGAUGGUUCUUGAAGAAGCUGUAAUUUAUUAUAAUUGUUCUCCCAGAGCAGAGAUCACUCUGCCAACCGUGUCACCACGAGUCCCCAUGCCAGGCGGGUACUGCGGGCUGGGACUGGAGCACCAUCAGCCGACGCACGGGGUGCAGGGCAAUCAGCUCUAAAAAUUUUUUUAGUCAACACUCCUGAUGAAUAUUUCAGCUGCAAAGGAAUAGCGUGCAUUAAUUAUUGCAAAGAGAUGUCUUUAGGAGAAAAUGAUUUUGAAAUUCAGUUUAAUUUCAUUGUAAUGCGCCGCAAACAGGAAGGGAGUAUGUGUGUUUAAUUGGCUCUCGGGGGUAAGGCCGGGAAGAUGGCAUGCCUUUGUCACAGGCCAUUAGUGAUACAGACUGCAUAAUGAGGGACUACAAUCAGCUCACAGCUGCCGGCUCCUACGGGGAGAGAAUGAUAUUAAAUAGAAAUCAGUAUAAAUUAAACUUAACCCUUUCACUAACUGAGCAAAGCUCAGAGCUGGAAAUAAGGGAGGGGAGUGGAGACAGGAGUGGGGGGUUCAGGAUGGAUCAGGGGGUGCUUGGCCAAGCCCCACCUGUCCAGGUGACCCCCCUGAUGUCCCCUCUCUCUCAGACAGGAGGCUUGAACUCCCCUCCCCUUCCCGUCCCCCACUCUGCCUUUCUUUCCUUUCAUUCCCCUCCUCACCGCUUGCUUCGUCUCUCUCGUGGAUAUUGGGUCGAUGUGGCUGGUUUUUUCUCAAGCCUCAUUUAACCAGCAGUUCUGUGAAUGAACCCUAUUGCCCCUUACUCUCCCUGCUUGCCCCUGCUGCACUGGCAGCCUCUGGAGAUCACUCAGAGGUGGCAAAUGUCCCUGUGGUGGUAAAAAAAACACUUCAGGGAAUAAAAGAGGUUGUGUCCCAUCAUAGCAACCGGAUCUGGAGGGUGAAAUACCCCUAUUUAGCAGGGGUGGGUGACUUUGGAGCCAAAGACAUACUGUCAGGAUCCAAAAGAGGUGAAUCCUGGCCACUUACAGGCUGUAACCUGCUGUAUCUGCCACUUCCAGGUCAUAGAGGUGAUUUAAAGGUGAGUCUGAACACCAGCACAUGGCGCUCCCAGAACCCCAACAAUGCCAUUUCUGAAUCCAUACCAGCAUUCUGCUCAUGCCAGACUCUGGAGUGUGUGUCCACCAGUGACCUACAGGUCACCUAAAGCAGAUGAUGGGGUGAUUGCAGGUGAUAGCCAAGGCCCCACAGCUGGAGUUUCAUGGUGUUAUGGAAUUAUCUAACCUUGCCCUCUGGCAGUGGGAAGCCAUUCCCCCUUAUCCUGUCCCUCCAGGCCCUUGUCCAAAGUUCCUCCUUAGCUC